UACUGACCCUGACCCAAGACAGUACGGCAGUGGCAGAGUUAUUGUGCGGUUAGGGCAGGAUCUCUUACAAUAAACCAAAAUGUUGUCUAAUGUAAGAGCCACUUCGUUUGCUGUAGGAAACUUUAAAAAUUCUGCAAAACUGGUUACUCCAGGCCUGUGCCAAGCUCGCUCCUCUCACACAGACCUUAAAGUACCUGAUUUUAGUGAUGUGCGCCACCCUGCUACUCUGGACCCUACGACCCCCACCAGUGAAGAGAGAAGGAAGCUCUUCAAGUACAUGGUACUUGGCAGUGCGGCAUCUGCUGGGGCUGUGCUCGCCAAGGGCAUUGUCCGAGGCUCUGUGAACCACUUUGCACCCAGCAAGAGUGCCUUGGAAGUUGCCAGCAUUGAGGUGGAGACGUCGAAGAUCCCAGAAGGCAAGAGCUUGGUGGUCACAUGGCUUGGAAAACCCAUCUUCAUCAGGCACAAGACGGAUGCAGAAAUUGAAGAGCAGAAGGCUGUUGAUGUGAGCUCUCUUCGCGACCCCGUCCCUGACGUGGACCGCUUCCCUGACCUGCGCUGGCAGGUGCUCAUCGGCGUGUGCACGCAUCUCGGCUGUAUCCCCAUCGAGGGCAAAGGUGACUUCGGCGGCUACUACUGUCCAUGCCACGGCUCACAUUACGACUUUGCUGGGCGCAUUCGUAAAGGCCCUGCUCCCAAAAACCUGGAGGUUCCCCCGCACAGGAUUUCUGGUGACCUCCUUAUAAUUGGAUAGACUAAUAUUUAUUUCGAUCCACAGUAAUGCACAUUUAUUAAGAACUGAUAACAAUGCUUGUGAAUAGUAAGGAAAGUAAAUUAAAUAUUGAUUACAUGUUAACCUAAAUUUCUUGCUUGAAUUUCUUUGGCAUAGAAUUUUGUCAAGCGAAUACAAUGGGCUUGAAGCUGCGCAAUAUUGGUCUUACCAAAAGCAAAACUGCCAGCAUAGAAAGAAUAUUUCAAUCACGAUCGUUAUUUCGUUGCAGUUCCAUGUUUGUAAAUAGUAUAAAUGGUAACUUAAAAUAAAUAAUAACUUCAACAUCUUAUUCACGUUGAAAUAUGUGGAAACUGAUGUG